CCACAUCGUGUCGCCCUCCUGCUUGUUCGGGCAUCGCGAGCGGUACAGAAGUACCGGGCUAAGGUUGACUUGGAGCGUCGAUCUAGAGUGCUGAGGGUCUUGUACAGACGCCCAUUGGCUGAGAUGUUCCGAGUUGCACAGCUUUGCAAUCAAACAGUACCAUGCCGAUAUCCGGGCGCGAGCGAAAGAGAGAGAGGGAAAUACCUGCGUGUGAUGGACAGCACAGGUGCGGACCAGGAUCCAAAUACAACCUGCAUGUUCAGACGAUGGGUUGACCAACUAAAUCCGUUUGCUCACUGA